AUGUAUCCUAGUGAUCAUAAGAGAGCUAGGAGAAAGGAUAACGGGCUGAAGGAGAAUGGUAAUGCGAGCAUAUCCAGUUUUGAUGAGCUGGAUCCAUGGACAGCUUGGGCAUAUAAACCUCGCACACUUACAUUGCUAUUUGUUGGUGCCUGCUUUCUCAUUUGGGCAAGUGGGGCACUGGAGCCUGAAAGCAUAUCAACAGAGGAGAGUGUUACAUCUGUGAAAAGGGGUGUUUGGGCAAUGGUUGCAGUGUUUCUUACUUACUGCUUGCUGCAGGCUCCUGAUACGAUACUUAUUAGGCCCCACCCAGCAAUUUGGCGUGUGGUCCAUGGGAUGGCCGUUAUUUACCUUGUUGCCUUAACAUUUUUGCUUUUUCAGAAGCGUGAUGAUGCUCGACAGUUCAUGAGAUAUUUACAUCCUGAUCUUGGUGUUGAACUUCCGGAGAGAUCUUAUGGCGCUGAUUGUCGUGUAUAUGUACCUGAAAGUCCUACAAGGUUUAAGAAUGUAUAUGAUACGCUUUUUGAUGAAUUUGUUUUAGCACAUAUUCUCGGCUGGUGGGGAAAGGCUAUAAUGAUCCGUAAUCAGCCUCUUUUAUGGGUAUUAUCUAUUGGAUUCGAGCUAAUGGAGCUUACUUUCCGCCACAUGCUACCAAACUUUAAUGAGUGCUGGUGGGACAGCAUCAUUCUUGAUAUUUUAAUCUGCAAUUGGUUUGGCAUUUGGGCUGGAAUGCGCACUGUGCGUUACUUUGAUGGUAAAACAUAUGAGUGGGUUGGGAUCAGUCGGCAGCCAAAUAUCAUGGGUAAAGUCAAGCGAACACUGGGCCAGUUUACACCUGCCCGGUGGGACAAAGAUGAAUGGCACCCACUUCUUGGACCGUGGCGAUUCAUUCAAGUUCUGAGUCUUUGUACUGUGUUCUUGACUGUGGAGCUGAAUACAUUUUUCCUAAAAUUUUGCCUUUGGAUACCUCCUCGCAAUCCUUUGGUAAUCUAUAGGCUGAUAUUGUGGUGGCUUAUUGCAAUACCAACCAUUCGUGAAUACAACUCUUAUUUGCAGGACAGGAAUUCAGUUAAAAAGGUGGGAUCAUUCUGUUGGCUUUCUGUAGCAAUCUGCAUAGUUGAACUCCUGAUUUGUAUCAAAUUUGGACAUGGAUUAUUCCCCAAUCCGAUGCCAAAGUGGUUGGUGACGUUUUGGACAUUUGCUGGCAUUGGAAUUUUGAUGUUCUUGAGUACAUGGACAUGGCUAAUACAUAGAACCAUGAAGAGAAAACAGCAAUAGUUUUGAUUUGUUCUUCUUUCGUCCAUUCUUUGGUUCUUUUUGUUUAGUCUGGUAUUUUAACCAUAUUGUAAAUAUGCAUUACAUCUGUAAAGUGAAAUGCUUGAUUUUAGGUUAUUUUCACUUGUAGUCCAUCAAUUGUUUUUUAGAUAUAUUUUUCAUUUUAUGAUUGAGCGGAAAAUUAGGGGUGCAAAAUAGCAAACCCAAAGGUUCAAGCUUUGUCUGUUGAAUUUAAAAUAGCACUUCUUCUUCUUCUUCAAAAAAGAAAAAGAAUUUAACAUGAUUUUUUUUUUCCCUUUUUGUUGAGGACACCGGGAAUAUUAUGUUCGCUACUCCAUUGCUGAGGGGGAAAAAAAGAAAGACUUCAAUUAAUUUUGUUUGCCUGUGAAAUUGAGGGUUGAACCCUCGAGUAAAAGACACGAAAUCCUCAUUAAACUUAU